AUGCUGCGAUUGCCUAUAAUUCAAAGGGCUUUAGCAAGUGCUGCCCAAGUGACUACAAAUAAUGUACGCACUACCACUACAGCUGCAAGCAACCUAUUGGAGGUGUUUGUGGAUGGCAAACCUGUAAUGGUUGAGCCAGGCACCACUGUGCUGCAGGCAUGUGAAAAAAUUGGGUGUACAGAUACCUCGAUUUUGCUACCAUGAGCGUUUGUCAGUGGCUGGGAACUGUCGCAUGUGUUUGGUAGAAAUUGAGAAAGCCCCCAAGCCUGUAGCUGCUUGUGCAAUGCCAGUGAUGAAAGGCUGGAACAUACUUACUAACUCUGAAAAGAGUAGGAAAGCCAGGGAAGGAGUAAUGGAGUUCUUGCUGGCAAACCACCCUUUGGACUGUCCCAUUUGUGAUCAAGGAGGGGAAUGUGAUCUGCAGGAUCAAUCAAUGAUGUUUGGAAGUGACAGGAGUAGGUUUACAGAGGGAAAACGUGCUGUGGAGGACAAGAAUAUCGGGCCAUUGGUGAAAACCAUAAUGACACGCUGCAUUCAGUGUACUCGAUGCAUUAGGUUUGCUAGUGAAGUUGCUGGUGUCGAUGAUUUGGGAACAACUGGCAGAGGAAACGAAAUGCAAGUUGGCACAUACAUAGAGAAACUGUUCAUGUCUGAGCUGUCCGGGAACAUAAUAGACCUGUGUCCAGUCGGUGCUUUAACCUCCAAACCCUAUGCAUUUACUUCCCGGCCCUGGGAAACUCGGAAGACAGAAUCUGUUGAUGUUCUUGAUGCUGUUGGUAGUAAUAUUGUGGUUAGUACAAGAGGAGGAGAGGUGAUGAGAAUCUUGCCCAGAAUGAAUGAAGAUAUAAAUGAGGAAUGGAUCUCUGACAAAACCAGAUUUGCUUAUGAUGGGCUCAAACGUCAGAGACUGACACAACCAAUGAUCCGAGAUGAAAAAGGUUAUUUAGUUCACGCUUCCUGGGAAGAUGUACUUACGCGGGUGGCUGGUGUGUUGCAAAGUGUCCAGGGGAAAGAUGUAGCAGCUAUUGCUGGAGGGCUGGUGGAUGCCGAGGCACUUAUUGCUCUUAAAGAUUUGCUUAAUCAGUUGAAUUCUGAUUGUCUGUGCACUGAGGAAAUCUUUCCCAAUUAUGGAGCUGGCACUGAUCUAAGAUCAAAUUAUCUUUUAAAUUCACGGAUUGCUGGUGUAGAGGAAGCUGAUCUCUUGCUGCUGAUAGGUACUAAUCCACGUUAUGAAGCCACACUGUUUAAUUCAAGGGUUCGGAAGAGGUAUGUAUGA